AUGCAAGACUGCUUCCUCCACCAUCAGACUCCCCCAGCCAUCGACCCGGCAGCACACGACGAGUCGGUGGACGAGGCUGUCGCCCGCAUGGCGGCCAGCCAGCCAGCCUUCGCCGACCCCUUCCUCCAAGACAGCCAGGCCCUACACGCCCAUCCCCUCCUCGAGCACUGGCAGUGGGACCCGCCUGGCGAGGGCGUCGAGAGCGACGCGAGCGCGGGGAAGGAGGAGGGCGGGGGAGGGUCGGGGUCAGCAGGCAGGCCCAAGACAAAGCAGCCCGCCUUCAGGCGUCACCCCUGGACCGAGGAGGAGGAGGCGCGCUUCCGGAUCGCGCUGGAGAUGUUCGGGCCCAAGGAGCGGAGCUUGGUGACGCAGGGCAGGAUCCCCGUGGGGCUAGGGGCGGGGGCGGCGAGGAGCAUGGCGAGCUUCAUCGGGACGAGGUCGGUCCAGCAGGUCAGGUCGCACGCCCAGAAGCACUUCAUCAAGCUCGUCUCCUCGGUGUAUGAUGAUGGAGGAUGUGUCCUUCCCCCUCCGCCCGACCUCUACGCACGAGUCCGAUCUCGUACCGGAUAUGCUGCAUAUGUGCCACCCGCUCCUCUUUCGUAUGGGCUGGGUGGAGCUUGCCAUGAUCUCGAGGCAGAGCUUGUAGAACAAGCUGGGAUGGCUGAGGCAUAG